AUGGAGGGCGGGAAGGAAGCAGUGUCUGUUCUGCUGGGUGCUGUGCUGAGUGAAGCCCUGGGAAGGAGCCUCGGACCCUCUGCACAAUGGGUGUCAUCGACCCGGCCAGAGGUGGCCAGCAUCGAGCCGCUGGGCCUGGAUGAGCAGCAGUGCUCCCAGAAGGCGGUGGUACAGGCCCGUCUGUCCCAGCCCGCCCGCCUGACAAGCAUCAUCAUUGCAGAAGAUAUCACCACAGGCCAGGUCCUGCGCUGUGAUGCCAUCGUUGAUCUCAUCCACGGCAUUCAGAUCGUCUCAACAACCCGUGAGCUCUACCUGGAGGACUCGCCCCUGGAGCUGAAGGUCCAGGCUCUGGACUCUGAAGGGAACACGUUCAGCACCCUGGCCGGGCUGGUCUUUGACUGGACAAUUGUGAAGGACACGGAGGCCGGCGGGUUCUCAGACUCCCACAAUGCAUUGCGAAUCCUCCCAUUCUUGGAGUCUACAUACAUCCCUCCUUCCUACAUAUCAGAGAUGGAGAAGGUGGCCAAGCAGGGGGACACCGUCCUGGUGUCUGGGACGAGGACUGGGAGCUCCAGGCUCAGGGCGCGCAUCCAGGAGGCGGUGUACCAGAACGUCCGCCCCGCAGAGGUCAGGCUGCUGAUUUUGGAAAACAUCCUUCUGAACCCAGCUUUCGAUGUUUACCUGAUGGUGGGGACCUCCAUUCGCUACAGGGUGCAGAAGAUCAGGCAAGGAAAGAUUACAGAGCUCUCCAUGCCCUCAGAUCAGUACGAGCUGCAGCUUCAGAACCACAUCCAGGGCCACAUGGGAGAUCCGGGCAGGCCCGUGACUGUCUUGGCUCAGGACACGUCGACGGUCACCGCGGUUCAGCUGGGACAGAGCAACUUGGUCCUCGGCCACAGGAGUAUCCGUAUGCAGGGUGCUUCCAGGUUACCGAACAGCACCGUCUACGUAGUGGAACCCGGAUACCUGGGGUUCACAGUCCACCCUGGUGACAGGUGGGUGCUUGAGACUGGACGCCUGUAUGAAAUUACUAUUGAUGUGCUUGACAAGUCUGGCAACAAGGUCUACCCCUCUGAUAACAUCCGCAUCGAGACUCUGCUUCCCUCCGAGUUCUUUGAGGUGCUCUCUUCUUCCCAGAAUGGGUCGGCCCAUCACGUCAGGGCAAGAAAGGGAGGUCAAACGGCUAUCAAGGCAGCCCUCACGUCGGUGGUGGACCAGGAUGGAGGGGUCCACAUGUUACCAGUACCUGUGCGGAGCCAGCAGGAGGUGGAAAUUCACGUCCCCAUCACCCUCUAUCCCAGCCUCUUGACAUUUCCGUGGCAACCAAAGACAGGCGCCUAUCAGUACACGAUCAAGGCCCACGGCGGGAGUGGGAACUUCACUUGGUCUUCGUCAAGCUCCAUGGUUGCCACAGUCACCGUCAAGGGCGUGAUGACCACAGGCAGUGACGCAGGACUCAGUGUGAUCCAGGCGCAGGAUGUUCGGAACCCACUCCAUUUCGGGGAGAUGAAGGUGUAUGUGAUCGAGCCCAGAGGCAUGGAGUUCGCCCCAUGCCAAGUGGAGGCACGCGUGGGCCAGACUCUGGAGCUGCCCCUAAGGAUCAAUGGCCUGAUGCCUGGCGGGGCCAGUGAGGUGGUUACCCUUAACGACUGCUCCCACUUCGACUUGGAGGUCGAGGUGGAGAACCAGGGCGUGUUCCAGCCGCUUCCAGGGAGGCUGCAGCCGGGGGCUGAGCACUGCGGUGGCGUCAGGGUGAGAGCCCAGGCCCAGGGGCACACUGCGCUCCUGGUGAGCUACAAACAUGGCCACAUCCACCUGAGUGCCCAGAUCACCAUCGCCGCCUACCUGCCCCUCAAGGCUGUGGACCCUUCCUCUGUUGCCUUGGUGACCCUCGGCUCCUCACUGAAGAUGCUGUUCGAAGGAGGUCCCAGACCCUGGGUCCUUGAGCCAUCCAAGUUCUCCCGAAACGUCACCUCCGAGGACACGCACAGCAUCAGUCUGGCUCUCUUUGGGCCCCCUGCUUCCCGUAAUUAUCAGCAACACUGGGUCUUCGUGACCUGCCAGGCCUUGGGCGAACAGGUCAUUGCCCUCUCUGUGGGGAACAAGCCAAGUGUCACCAACCCCUUCCCUGCGCUGGAGCCUGCCGUGGUGAAGUUGGUGUGUGCCCCCCCCUCCAGGAUCGCCCUGACGCCCGUCUACGCCAGCCCCCAGCUGGGCUUGUCCUGCCCACUGCUGCAGCAAAACACACCGGUGGUUCCUGUCUCCAGCCACCGCAACCCCCUCCUGGACUUGGCUGCCUAUGACCAGCAGGGCCUCAGAUUCAACAACUUCAGCUCUCUGAGCAUCCAGUGGGAGUCCACGAGGCCGCUGCUGGCCAGCAUCGAGCUUGACCUGCCCAUGCAGCUGGUGUCCCGGGAUGAUGGGAGUGGUCAGAAGUUGCAUGGUUUGCAGGCCGUCUCAGUCCACAAGGCAUCGGGGACCACAGCCAUCUCUGCUACCGUGACCGGCUACCAGCAGUCCCAUCUGCGUGCAGCCAGCGUGAAGCAGCCGCACGACCCUCUUGUGCCUGUGUCGGCCUCCGUAGAACUCAUCCUGGUAGAGGAUGUGAGGGUGAGUCCGAAAGAGGUGACCAUCUACAACCACCCUGGCGUACAGGCAGAGCUGCAUGUCAGAGAAGGUUCCGGCUACUUCUUCCUCAACACCAGCACCGCAGACGUCGUCAGGGUGGCCUACCAGGAGGCCAGGGGCAGUGCUGUGGUGUACCCUUUGUUCCCGGGCACGUCAACCAUCAUGAUCCACGACUUGUGCCUCACCUUCCCAGCCCCGGCAAAGGUGGACGUUCAUGUCUCGGACAUUCAGGAGCUGUACGUCCGGGUGGUAGACAAGGUGGAGAUUGGGAAGACAGUCAAGGCAUAUGUCCGUGUGUUGGACUCGCACAGGAAGCCUUUCCUGGCCAAAUACUUUGCUUUCAUGGACCUGAAGCUCCAAGCAGCCUCCCAGAUCGUCAUGUUGGUCUCCCUUGAUGAGGCCCUUGACAACUACACUGCCACGUUCCAUGUCCAUGGCGUGGCCAUUGGCCAGACCAGUCUCACUGCCGUUGUGACCGAUAAAGCUGGACAGAGGAUCAACUCAGCCCCACAACAGAUCGAGGUCUUUCCCCCCUUCAGGCUGAUACCCAGGAAGGUGACGCUGAUUAUCGGGGCCAUGAUGCAGGUCACCUCUGAGGGGGGCCCCCAGCCUCAGUCCAACAUCCUCUUCUCCGUCAGCAAUGAGAGCCUGGCCUCGGUGAGCUGCGCUGGGCUGGUGCAGGCGCUCGCCGUUGGCAAUGGCACCGUGUCAGGGGUCGUCCAGGCCGUGGAUGCUGAGACCGGCAAGCUCGUCACCGUGUCUCAGGAUCUCGUGGAGGUGGAGGUGCUGCUUCUCCAGGCGGUGAGGAUCCGAGCCCCCAUCACUCGCAUGAGGACAGGGACCCAGAUGCCUGUUUACAUCACUGGAGUCACCAACAGCCAGAACCCUUUCUCCUUUGGCAACGCUGUGCCUGGCCUGACCUUCCAUUGGUCUGUCACCAAGCAGGACGUCCUGGACAUCCGGGGACGGCACCAUGAGGCGUCACUUCGACUCCCAUCGCAGUACAACUUUGCCAUGACUGUACAUGGCCGGGUGAGAGGCCAGACCGGGCUGAAGGUGGUGGUCAGGGCUCUGGACCCCACAGCUGGGCAGCUGUAUGGCUUUGCCAAAGAGCUCUCUGAUGAGAUCCAAAUCCAGGUAUUUGAAGAGCUGUUGCUGCUGAACCCUGAAAUAGAAGCAGAACAAAUACUAAUGUCACCCAACUCGUUUAUAAAACUUCGGACAAACAGGGAUGGCACAGCAUCUCUGAGCUACCGUGUCCUGAACGGGUCCGAGGAGGUUCCUGUCGUGCAUGUUAAUGAGAAAGGCUUCCUGGUGUCGGGGCCCACGACUGGGACUUCUACUGUUGAAGUGACUGCCCAAGAGCCGUUCGGGGCCAACCAGACCAUCGUCGUUGCAGUAAAGGUGGCUCCGGUGUCUUACCUGAGGCUCUCCAUGAGCCCUGCUCUGCACACCCAGAACAACGAGGCCCUGGUGGCCCUGCCCUUGGGAAUGACUGUGACCUUCACUGUCCAUUUCCACGACAACUCUGGAGAUGUCUUCCAUGCUCACAAUUCCGUCCUCAACUUUGCAACUAACAGAGAGGAGUUUGUGCAGAUCGGGAAGGGCGUGACCGAGGACACCUGCACUGUGCGCACCCUCAGCGUGGGCCUGACGCUGCUCAGCGUGUGGGACUCGGCGCACGCGGGCCUCUUUGACUUCAUCCCACUGCCCGUCCUACAUGCCAUCUCCCCGGAGCUGUCUGGAGCGGUGGUGGUGGGGGACGUCCUCUGUCUGGCUACCGUUCUGGUUAGCCUGGAAGGUGUCUCCGGGACCUGGAGCUCCUCAGACAACAACGUCCUCCACAUAGACCCCAAGACAGGAGUGGCCGUGGCCCGGGAUGCGGGAUCCGUGAUGGUUUACUACGAGGUUGCGGGGCACCUGAGGACCUACAAGGAGAUAGUGAUUGGCAUCCCUCAGAGGAUCAUAGCCCGUCAUAUCCGCCCUGUCCAUACCAGCUUCGAGGAGGUCACGACGUCCAAAGUGAUGGUCACCAUGGGAGACACAAGCUCUAACCUGAGAGGUGAGUGCUCCCUGGCCCAGGUGGAAGUCAUCAAAAACCUGCAUCCAGAAUCCCUCCUCAGCUGCCAGGUCCAGUUCAAGCAGGACGUCUUUGAUUUCCCGGCAUGUGACAUUUUUGCUGCAGAGCCAGUGUUUGAUGCUGCUAUGGGUCGGUACCUGUGCUCAGUCGUGAUGCACAGACUGACAGACAAGCAGCUGAAACACCUGAGCAUGAGGAAGACCACACUGCUGGUCACAGCCAACCUCCUGGGCAGCCGCUUCUCUGGAGAACAGGUCGGGGCUGAGGUGCCCUUCAGCCCAGGGCUGUAUGCCGACCAGGCUGAAAUCCUUUUGAGCAACCACUACACCAGCUCCGAGGUCAAGGUCUUCGGUGCCAUGGAGAUUCUGGAGAACCUGGAGGUGAAAUCGGGGUCCCCAGCUGUACUGGCCUUCGAGAAGGAGAAGUCUUUGGGGCUGCCCAGCUUUAUCACAUACACAGUUGGCAUCUCGGACCCUGCAGCUGGCAGCCAGGGGCCUGUGUCUACCACCCUGACCUUCUCCAGUCCUGCAACGAGCCAAGCCAUCACCAUCCCAGUAACUGUGGCCUUUGUGAUGGACCGCCGAGGGCCUGGUCCCUACGGAGCCAGCCUCUUCCAGCACUUCUUGGAUUCCUACCAAGUCAUGUUCUUCACCCUCUUCGCCCUGCUGGCAGGGACCGCGGGCAUGGUCAUAGCAUACCACGCCAUCUGUGUCCCCCAGGAACUCACCCCACGACCAGCCCUUUCCCACCAAGCCAGCCCUUGGCACAGCUCCCACUAUGUUGCUGCCUCCUCCCCGAUGCCCUUCAGUGCGCUGCCUCCUGGUCGCAGAGCUAGCCCUCCCUCGGGGCUGUGGAGCCCUGCCUACAACUCCCGCUAG